AUGUCUGCAACUACAACAACCACCACUACUACUACCAUCACCGCACCGUCCACCGACUCCUCCUAUAUUCCGCGCGGUCUAACAACCGCAUCUAUAACCUUCUAUGCCCCACCACCAGACAACAGUGCCCCAUUUAAUUAUGUGGAGCAACCACCCGCGGGUCAACCCCAACGCAACUAUGGGGAACAUGAAGCAGAGGUCUCUUUAACAGACAUCCGAGCCACUGAAACAAACUAUACCCUCGAUAAAGACUCCUUCCUCGCUCUACAGAGCGUCUCCACGAAGACAACCUACUCAACCUUUGACUCCGACUCGGAAGUUAAAGAAAAUUACUACCCAGAAGUCGAAUCUCUGCUUCGAUCUGCGAUCCCAGAAAUCCACAAAGUGAUCAUUUUCGAUCAUACCAUCCGUCGCGGAUACGCCGACGCACCACGGCAACCCGUUACUCGGGCACACGUUGACCAAACUGCCACAGCUGCAGCAGAACGUGUCCGUCUCCAUGUAUCGGAUAAAGAAGAGGCAGAGACACUUCUCAAGGGACGGUAUCGCAUUGUUAAUGUUUGGAAACCAUUAAGUUCCACAGAUGAGCCCGUCCAGUCUUCUCCGUUGGCAUUCGCUGCGGCUGGGAGCGUAGAUGCAAGUGAUCUGGUGGCUGUUCAACAUCGGUAUCCGCAUCGAGUUGGGGAGACGAUGGGAGUCCAGUUUAAUGAGGGUCAGAAGUGGCAUUAUUGGUCUGGAAUGAAGACUGAUGAGCGCUUGUUACUUAAGUGCUCGGAUUCAAAGGGAUUCAAGGAUGGGAGUGUAGCGCAAUGGGUGCCGCAUACUGCGUUCUGGGAUCGUAGGACUCCUGUUGGGGCAAGACCUAGGGAGAGCAUUGAAGUCAGGGCUUUGAUUUUCGGCUAG